AAAGCUUUUCUCUAGACUUCCUGCCCUCUGGAUCUGCUGCUGUUCCUUUGGCCUCUCUGAGAAACGCGCUCGUUUUGCUGCUUUCAUCAGAUUGAAGAGGUUCCCUCUAUCAGACUCGCUCAUCUGAGUUGGUCAUGAUGCAGGAUCGCUGCUCGCUCUCUCAUCCAUCCUGCUCACACUCUCCGACGGAAAAGCCCCGAAUCUGAAUGUGACUCUGGAGGAAAAAGCGGUUAGCUCUACUCCGUGAACUCUGCUGUUAGCUAAACACGGCUAAAGAAAACCUGCUACCACUUCAGGAUCAUCCAUCAGCUGGGACUGAUUCAUUGUGUGUUCUUCACUACCUGGACCUGGACAGCAUGGACACAGGUACUGGUGGAUGAAUGAAUGAAUACAUGGUCAGUCUAUGGUGGGACAUUACAGUGAAAUGAUGAGAAUGAGGCUCAAUCUUUAAAAUAAUGAUCUGUAUAUGUUUAGCACUACUGGGGUUCUAAAACCCCCCAAAGCGUUUUACAUCACAACCAGUCAUUCACUCAUUCACACUGUUGUAUAACCUUGUAGUUUUAGAGUGAUUAGAUCUCUCUAAUGAAUGAUUUUUGAAGCCAAGUAUAGUUAAAGUCCCAAAGUCAUCGUCACACACUGGUGAAGUUACGUCCUGCAUUCGACCCGUCCCCAUGGGGAGCGGUGAGAUGAAGCUGUGGGAACUAUUUGGUCUUCUGUCGGGUUUCAGUCACUACGAGAAUCAGUCAGAGACAGGAGAGGUUUUCAUCGUGUUCACAACCUACCUUUGUUGUAGCGUCAGUCACGCAUCAUCAUUUGACCAAUCACAGUUGGGGAGACAGCCUGCUGCAGACACGACGGCAGCGGCGCUGACAGCACGUAUGACUGCUGUUGCUUCAGCACGUCGCUGUGGUUUAGAGCUUAAAGGCCCAGUGUGUAAAAACAUUCGACUCUUCAGCGCCACGCAGUUCAGAGUAAGUAUUGCAGCUCCGGUAGCCCACACUAGGGUUGGGCUGUUUUUCCAUUCGCCCAUCAUUAGUCCAGUAAAUGACGAUGGGCCGUGGUGUGUGCGUGUGACUGAUUACGGUAUGAUUCACUGACUGAUUUGCGAACACAGAAGAAGUCUAAACAUGGAUGUUUUUAUGGAUGUGCAGCACAAAUUAGAUUUUUUCUUUUUGUUUAACUCACUCACUGCCAGCCGUUUCCUGAUCAGAAAAGCUCUUCGCUGCCAGCGUUUUUCAGCGUUUUUACUGUUUUUUUUACGAGUCACAGAACGUUGCUCUAUGAUGAUGUCAACGCCAAAACUACCAAAACGAAGAGUAGACUCACCUCUUACUGGAAGAAUCCGCGCAUUUUGAGCGUUAUCUGUUCUUUCAUAAGCCGUUGUUGAAUUGUGAUCGGCAGAAGCUUUUCCGAAUCUCGCCUCACUUUUUUUUUACAGCAGCGUCCCAAAACGAUCUCCUAACACACACGUGUCAGACACCAUGUGGCCCGUGGAGCAUUUUUAUGUGGCCCGCGAGAUAAUUAUCAAAAAUAUAUUAAAACUGACCCACUAACACUACAACUCCCAUGAUCCUUUGCGGUGUUAGCGCGGAGCCGAAGCGCCCCCUCCUUUGUGUUUUUUCCAGCGUCUGCUGCCGGUGUCUGCAGCUCCGCUGUCUCAGACAAACUAAACACUCCUCUCACUCAGCGCCGAGUUUACUCAGCUAUUUUCUGACGUUGAAGCCCAGAAACGGAGAUUCUAGCCGCUCAGUAAUGUGUUCACGACUGAAAGAGAAAGUUUUCCAGCUAACUUCCAGACAGAGCUGAUAUAACUCCAGCGAGCAGCGACACGCUCAAACCAGCAUGACUCUGUGGCUGCUGUAGUUGUUAUUUUUCCUCCCCGACACACAACGACGUGGUCAAGGUGCUCAGACAUGUUCAUCAGCACAAACCUAUGUGAGCACCUGUUGUCAUCUAAUGUUGUCGUUAUUAUGAUGAAGAUGAACAAAACAACAGGAGUCUCCUCCUCAGCUCAGAUCAACCCCAUGAUGCAGGUAUCUGGCUGGAACAGGUGAGCAUCACAGUAAACCAGUGGAGCAAACUGAGCUUUAAAUAUGUUGGUUUUAUGCUCUUUUUCUGCUCCAAAACAUGAAAGUUAACAGGUGAGAUGUUGCAUUUUCAUUUAAGAUAAAAUGAUAUUUUUAUUUUGUUGUUGGCCCGUGAGAAAAGAUUUAACCUACAGUAAACAGGAAGUGGAAAGGCUGCAGAUAGAUGAAUAGAAUAGAAAAUCCCUUUAUUGUUCCUCAGUGGGGAAAGCUAGAGGUCACAGCAGCGAUGACACUUAUUACAGGAGAAAAAAGGAGAAUAAAAAAUAAGAAAAAUGAAUAAACAACAGGAAAACAUAAAUCCUGAACAGAUUUUAAAAAUGCUGAAUAUACCACAAGUAAUGAAUACCACUGAUGCCUUUUAUUUAAACCUGACUUGCUCGUGUGUAAUCUGGUUAUUCCACAUUCAGUGUUAAUGCAGAAAUAAGUUUGUUUCCAAAUUAAAAGGUUCUAAAUUGCAUAAAUGUUUAUAAAGAAAAUGUUCAAAUUUGCCGUCACUUUUUCAAAAAAUAUUAAGUUUGUCCCUCGACUCCAUCCCAGAUUUUCAUUUCGGCCCCGUGUGAGUUUGAGUUUGACUCCCCUGAUCUAACACGUGGACUUUCUGCUUCCUGAUCACGUGACGUGUGACGUACGCGGAUGAAGAUCGGCUUUAGAGCUGGGAUGUUUGUUCUCACGGUGCGGGGGCUCGUUCCGACGCCCACACAGUAAAAACAUGCCAAUGACAGUUAAAGAGUUGUUAAAGCGUUGAAAGGAAGUAGGGCUGAAACGAAUCAUCAAAUGGUUCGACUCAUUAAGUUCCUUGAUUCAUUUUUUUACUGAUUCGAAGCUUCGUUAAACGUGCGCUCCACAGUCUGAACACGUUUUACUGGAGCUCCACGUGGUGAUCUCGGUGCUGUGGUGGAAAAAAGAGAAACCAGCAACGACGGAAACCAUCGUUAGAGGCAGAAACGGUCCAACGUUUGGAUCAAGAGUUAAACUACAAGCAAACUACUGAAUUGGCUGACUGAGUGGAGGUGGUUCAUAGAUGUCGCAACUAGGGCUGGGGGUAAACGAUUAUUUUUAAAACGAUUAUUCUGACGAUUAUUUUAUCGAAUAGUCGACUAUUCUAAUGACUAUUUAGAAAAUUAAUCUAAUGAUUAUUUUUCUAUUGCACAAUUAGCAAAAACCAGAAAACCUCAAAUAAAUUCCUCAAAAAAAUUGAUAAAUUCUUACUGUAAGAGAAUAAACACUACAGGCCUUCCAUUUUGUAUAACACUGCGUUUAUUGUGUUGGUUGGUUAUGUUCUGGUGACAUGUAGAACUUGGGAGUGCAGGCUGCUGCCUGAGAGGUGGUAGAAGAUGGAGUGUCUCCAUGCUGCUUUGUUUUGGUCACUUAUGUGCGUGAGGCGAGUGGUCUUACGGGUUAAACCAAACUCAGGUGAUAUUUUACACUAAACCGAAAACCCACAACACUCUAAAUGUAAUAAAAGGGAGUUCUGUUUCGUUCCCUCCUGACUGCCAGUGGCAGUAAACAGAGUGGAUGUAUCUCCUCGCGCUCUGCGCAGGUCGAGUACUAAUGUAAACAAAGUCACGCACGUGACACGUAGCGCACCUGGUCGCGAGUCUAUAAAUUACGCGCCGAUAGCUACGUUCGGGUCUCCCGGGAUCUUCUCGCCCGAGAAGUUCCGAGUGACCCCUGUGACUGGCAGUCAUCCAUGAACUCACAGAACCAUAGUUACACCGUAACUUCCGAUCUACACCACAAAAAAGAUGAACUCUAAACCAAAACGUAACAGCUUAUCCCAACGCAAGAAGCUGUUAGCGAAGAUGCUAACAGUAGCUUUACCAACAUUAAGUUCAAGUUACCAAGUUUAAAUAAACCAAAAACACCCAGCAGCAAACAGACCAGCACGGAGGAGAGACUGCUACCACCAAAACAGCUCUCCUCAUGUCUGAAAGAAGCUCCUUAAUGAAGGGAGAAGCGCUCCCGGUGAUUUUCUACAUCUGCUAUAGACACGAAGCAGCGCAUCUGACCCCGGAAGUUGUUGUCCGUUGCCGGGAGACGAAGGGGCAAAACAGGAAAAUAAUCUAGUAGUGGACGGACGUUGUUCCGGGUCUUCGGUAUUUGGCGGAGAUGUUAGUGAAGGCGGAGAAGAGGGCGAACUAGAGGAAAAACAGGCAGAUUCCUACUCUAUUUACAAACUCCUGGGGAUGCAACAAGUGGGCGCGGUGCGUCGACUUCCGGAUCUGACGUCGACAAAUUUUUAGAAUCGAGCCGUCGACUUUGUCGAGGCUUCGCUACAGCCCUAGUCGCAACCUUUAUGUCAGAAGGGACCCCCCCCCCACACACACACACACACCUUUUGCUCUUUCCAUUGUUCUCAAAGAACUCCAUUCCACUUGAUUCAUUAGAAAUGACUCAGUCGGCUGAAGUCCGUUCCACGUUUUCCUGGUUGCUCUGCUGCACGCAUGGUGGGCGUGACUGACAUGGUUGUCAACAAAGUUAGAAAAUAAAAGACCGAACGAACCAAAGUGAAACUACAGGCUUGUGGAAGCUGGAGGAGGAGUCAGUGCCAUUACUAUCCCAUAAUAAGCAGUGUCCUUGUCUGAUCCCUCCACAGACACGGGGACAUGAGGACAUUUCUCACAAAGAAGCAUAAAAUAAGUAAAACUGUCCAGAAUGAAUGCUGACAGAUGCUUUGAAACCCUCCGUCCCCCAGUUCUGGUUAGAACUGGGUUUGCCCGCGGGUCAUCUGGGUGAGGCCACAGAACCUGCAAAGACUCUCAAAAGGUCUGGAAAACGACCGGUUCGGCUGGCUUCGGUGAAGUGGAGACGGUCAUACUGGGAAGUUUCGGUAAUGGAAACACACCAAUUAGUGCCUGGCUGUCCUAUAAAAGACACCCAUUCCUCCUUUUUGUGUGAGGAUGCCAGCUGGUCCUGUUCCCCUGCAGAUAGCUCAUCAGUACUUAAUACAAGUUGUUUAUUGUUUAUCUACGUUGGUGUUAGUUUGGGAUGUUCUGAUCAUACCAGCAACACCUGUGUGAACCCUGUGUGAUGCACUUGGGGUUCUUCCCCUUUUCCUUCAUGCUGUGCAGGACAGCAGCAACAAUGUAAAACAACAUGUCCGCCUAACUUUAACUCUGUCUGCGAGAGUGAUGUAAGCUUUGAGUCCUGCAAUGAAAAGCUCCAGCUCCUGGGGAAGCUGAUCACAGCUGGUUUAAUAAGAUGUGAAGAACAACAUCUGGGUGGAGUGAGGUGAGUUUCCAGGGAUCGCUGCAGAGAUAAACACCUCCCAGUCAGACGCAGCUACGCUCACCAACACCCGUCUGUAUGAGCGUCGGAAGGCUCGGCUAAUAACCGGACCAUAAGGAAGUUCAUGAUGCUGGAAGAGCAGCCUUUCUCUGUGGUGGAAGAAGAACCAAGUUUAUUCAUACAGCACGUGUCCCAGACUGAGGUCACACAAGGAGUUACAAUAAAACGCUGAACACUAAAGCUAGAACAUAAGACAAUGAGUAGAAAACAACAGGCUCCGCCCACUGCUCAAUCACCAAGUAACCCACUACAGGACAUAUAAUAAUAACAACUACAAUAAUAAUCAUUAUAAUAAUAUAAUAACAACAAUAAAUCUCCCAAAAUGCUAAUUUGUAAGGUUCCUUUGCUUUGUAGUGCUUUAGCCUGCUGAGAGCUUCAAAGUUAAAGGUUGUUACUGACAGCAGCUACAUCUAAGUGUUUAUUCAUUUUCCUUUUGACUGAAUAGUUGCUGAUUUGAUCUUGGAGACGUUUCUCCUCACAUCAGCUUCAGAUCUAAAUAAUGAUUUGUGAGUAGGUGUUGCGCUGACCUUAGAGGUGUGGCUGCCCCUCUCUAUUGUUCCUCAUCCUUUCCCUACAUGCUGACUCCGUUGCGCGUUGCCAGCGCGUGACCGCAGAUGGAACCUGCGUGCGCUCCGGCGCGCGCCUCGCCAGGUGAGCAGAAUUGAGGCAAUUAAGAGCUCGUGCUCGGGGGAAAUGAAGUACAGCCAAAAUGUCUGCAACAAGCUUUUGCCCAGCGCGCGGCAGACUGAGAGGAGUGCAGAGCGAACACAAAUGGGUACACUGUGAGGAGGAAGACUUUGAUCUUGACGGGCUGUCGGUAAGCUCUUGGAUUCACGUCUUUAUAUGGACUCUUUAUCCGUCUGGGUGUGAAUGGAAUUUACUGAGAGGAAGUGUGUUAACGUCUGGAGUGCCAGAAAUGACUGCAGGAAUAAUAGUAAAUUAAAUGAAAGCAAGUUAAGGCAGAAAACAGAUGUAUUCAUGUAUUUAAUUAUUUGUCUGGUAAAAUCAGUCUUUUUUCAUCCUUGCUUCAUUGUGAAAUGAUUCAUCUCUGAAUUAGCAGCCAGUACUUGUAAAAGCAGAUAGAAUAGUACUUGUCUAAAACUAGACGCCCAACUGAAGGUUACUAAAGAUGCUGGUGUGUUCUCCUUGCUCUGUAUUACCUGUAACAGCAUUGAAGUUUAUCUGCAUGAUUUAGUUACAUGUUUAUUUUUGUUAUUUAAAGCUUUUCCACCUGACUGGUUCCUGAACCCGGACUCAUCUCAGUACUGGUCAAAUAAAUUGUUCUGAGUGAAAUCCAAAGUCUGCUCUUUCCAAGUGUCGGCACCUCACAGUGGAAGAAAACACUUGACAGUAGGAGGCUUAGAAGUUCUGGUCAGAACCAAACACGCUGAUUGUGAUGGAAGUUUUUAUUGAUCCUAAAGUAGAAAUAUGUUUUUAUCUAAAUGAAGUUCAUGUUCUUGUUCCUUUUCCCCACAUCAUGUAGCCGGUAUCACUCGUGGUGUAAAUAUAAAGGUAUGGUGGUGUGUAACAUCAUGUGUCUGUGUUUCCUACAGAUGUUCAACAGCUGGUGCUGGUUAAAGAAGAAGAUCCUGAAGAACAGAGUGCUGGUGUGGACCAGCAGGACCCAGAACACCUCCACAUAAAGGAGGAACAGGAGGAGCUCUGGACCAGUCUGGAGGGAGAGCAUCUCUGUUUGAAGGAGGAGACUGAAGCUGUCGGGUCUCCUGUUACUGCUGUUUCUAUAAAGAGUGAGGAUGAUGAAGAGAAACCUCUGGUCUCACAGCUUCAUCAGCAGCAAAUAGAAGACAGAGAUGUUCCAACCAGCAGCUCAGCUGACCAGAUGACCGCAGAAACUGGUGGAGGAGCAGGAACUAGCAGGAACCCAGAUCUGAACCCUCAUGAACAAACAUCUGAUUCUUCAGAGACUGAAGUUAGUGGAGAUGAUGAAGAUGAUGAUGAUGAUGAAGAUGUGAAUCUGGACUCUGAGCUGUCAGACUCUGGGUCUGAAACUGGAGAUGAAGAUGAUGACUGGAAUGAGAGCAGGUCUUCUGAGUCAGAUGACUGGUUCCACCCGAGAAGUUACGAGAAACCUUAUGGAUUUACUGAAUGCUCAUCUACAAGCAGCGGGCCCGCAACACCAACUGUGCCACAGCGCACAACACCAGCGACAACACCUCAACAGACUAUCCCUCAGUCUGUCAAGGAUUUUCAAGAGCCAGACAUCGACUGGGAUGUUGCAGCAGAGUACAGCCCAGAUGUGGACGGUGCUGUUGUGGUCCCGGAGUUCGACAGUCCCGUCACUGAAGAGCAGCAUGCUGAACUGCAGUUGCUCCUGGCACAAAAUUGGGAGCGUUCAAACACUAAGGAACUUUAUCUAUUGUGCAGAGAAUAUGUUAAUGCUGCUUUGUCAGAUAAAUGUGUACUUGAAAUAAAAAAUCAAGAGAUCAGUUCCAGUGCUUUUUUUUUAAUGUUACAAAAGAAAUACAUAACAUGUAUUUAAAAUGGCAAUAGGCCUAACUUUAUUGAUUCAUGUAACAAUGUCGCUUUCUAGCCCCAAAACAUUACAUUAUUUAACAAAACAAUUUGUCUUUUUGGAUUCAAAGUUAAAUUUGAACCAUUAUACAGUAACCUGAACGCAGAACAGUGGCCAUCUUGUUUUCGCUUAAUGUCUGCUAAAAUCAAAUCCAUCACAGACUGCCUGAGUAAGCUGACUUUCAAAGUCAGUGUGUGUAGUAACGUGCCGUGUAGGUAAGGUGAUUUCAACAGCACAUGCAUUAACAGUAGGAAAGCACAAAGUGUGGUCCAUACCGGGUGGUACCGUCGUGAUCAACAUUUACAGUUAUCUUGUAAAAUUCUCUUUCUUUGUUAGUGGCACAUGUGCCUGGCCUGAAACCCACUGAAAAAAUCCUUGCACUGACAACUGCUUUGCUCCACAGCCAUUUGAUGGGCUCCCAUCUUGGUCAUCUGUUCCUGAAGGGUGAAAAAAAAAA